CCAUCUAUCCUCCCACAUCCAUCUUCGUCCUCGUAGUCAGCUGCUCGCUAUCACCGAGGCAUUAGCGGCCGACAAGGACCCGCCUUGGAUCUAUCCUGGCCAAGUUACUCAGACAAAGCCUACGGUUUGCUACCCGCCUCUAGAGAUUCGUAUUAGCAUUGCGGGAGCUGCCAGUCCAUCAUGAAGAAAAAGGUCUUGUUGAUGGGCGCGUCGGGGAGCGGGAAGACGUCCAUGCGCUCCCUCAUCUUCUCGAAUAAUCCUGCUUCUCUCACUUCGCGUCUUGGCGCUACGAUUGACGUCGAGCAAAAUCAUGUUCGCUUUCUCGGCGACCUGAUUUUGAACCUCUGGGAUUGCGGUGGCCAAGAUGCGUUCAUGGACUCCUACCUAAACAUCCAACAAUCGACAAUAUUUCAGCAUGUCGGCGUCAUGAUUUACGUCUUCGAGGUCGAGACGCGUAACAUGGAGAAGGACCUGGACUAUUACAAGGCUUGUUUGGCAGCUUUGCAGAAGUACAGCCCCAAUGCUGCCGUCUUCCUUCUCGUGCACAAGAUGGAUCUUGCGCGAGGGCCAAAGGCGGAUACGCUGGCACGGAAGUCGAAGGAGCUCAAGGAGGCGAGCGGAGAUGUCGAGGUGACUGUCUUUGGCACCAGCAUAUAUGACGAAUCUCUGUACAACGCAUGGUCAAGGAUAGUGCAUAUACUCAUCCCGAAUGCCUCCGUUUUGUCCCGUCACCUCGCAAAACUUGCUUCGGCAUGUAGCGCAACCGAGGUUGUGCUCUUCGAGCGUACCACGUUCCUCGUUAUUGCCACGUCCACCCCUCCUCCGCCUCCCCAAGUCGCUUCCACAAACCCCCCAGGUCUCUCUUCCCCAAAAACCAAUGGCCAGCUUUCAGCUACAAGUCAUUCCGAUCACGAAGCGGAAUACGACCCGGAUCCACACAAGAUGGCGCCGACACGGUACGAGCGAACCUCUGAACUGAUCAAGGCGUUCAAAUACUCCUGCGCCCGCGUGCGAGAGGAAUUCCACGCCCUGGAGAUGGAGUUGCCGGAGUUUACCGCGGUCCUCGACGAGCUCACGAGGAACACCUACGUGUUAAUUGUAGUGCACGAUCCUACAAUCGAAACUGCCGCGCUGAGGAUGAACAUUCGUCUUGCCCGCCCGAAGUUCGAGGAACUCCAGGGCAACAGUCUCCUGUCAUAGCCAGACUUCCAUUUUUGCCUCCCGUGUCGCUGCUUUCAAGUACGUUCGUCGCAUUGUUUAUAGCUAAUUAGACAGUUCCUACGUUACAGCCGCCCUAUGCAUCUACUAGCUAACCUCUGUAUAUAUUCUGUUUCUCGUACAUGCCGC